GAAAAAAUACAACACUUAAGAAUGGCGGUUAAAAAGACACGAUGUACGCGUGCACCAUUGCAGAAAUCUAUGCAGUGUAUGAAGCAAGUAACUUUAAUAAAUGAAAAAAAUAAAAAAGUAGUCGUUAUUGCACAAGAAAUUAAAUUUGCCCGAUUACUAUCAAGCAAUGAUAAAGUAACUCGAAAUAGAGUAUUAAAAAAUUUAAGGAAAUGGUUAACAGUUCGUUCCCAAAGUUCCUUUGCUUUCACAGAAGCAGAUUUUAUGCGGUUAUGGAAAGGUUUAUUUUAUUGUAUGUGGAUGUCAGAUAAACCUUUAAUUCAAGAAGAACUAGCAGAAUCUCUUAGUAAAAUUGUACACUGUUUUAAAGCUAAAGAUGUAAUAUUACUUUAUACAACGUGUGCUUUGAAAACAUUGGGUACUGAAUGGUUUGGUAUAGAUCAAUAUAGGUUAGAUAAAUUUUGUAUGUUAGUUCGAAGAAUAAUUCGACAAACUUUUCAAAAAUGUAAAGAAGAAUUAUGGAAUAUUGAAUGGAUAAAAGCUAUUUCUAAAAUGUUAGAAAAUUUAUUGAUUGAUCCAAAAAUAUGUGAUGGUUUUAGCAUGCAUAUAACAGAAGUAUUUCUAGAAGAACUUUCAAAGAUUAGUGGUGGUGAUAUAUUAGAGAAUGUUGUAACAGAACUUAUUAAGCCAUUUGUCUCAUACUUUAUACUUAUGGACGAUGAAAGACAAAUUAGACAUAUUAUGAGACAUAUUUUCAGAUAUUUAAUUUUUCAGUCAAAUAUUGGUAUGGAUUAUAUGGAAAAAUUUAAAGCUUGGAAAAAUGCUGGUUUUCCUACUGGUUGUAUUGAUGCUAUGAGAAAAAUUGAACUGUCAGAUGAAGAAAUAGAUGAAGAUACUACUAUAGGAGAAACAAAAUUUCUACAAAAUCAAGUGAAAUGUGAUACAGAAAAAAUACUAGAUCCAAGAGCUGGUAGAGUAGAUGUCGAAUUAGCGCAAAUACCUUUUGAUGCAAAAGAAAUAGUUAUUUUGUUAAAUCAGUAUAAAUUUCAUCCUUUAUCAACAACAAAAUCACGUAGACAAUUACGUCGUCUUAUUAAUGAAUUUACAGAAUUAUCAGAGGGUAAAAUGCCAUUAGGUAUCAAAGAAAUAAAAGUUCCAAAAAUACAAAAGAAAAAUAUGGAUACAAAGUCAGCUGCAAUACGUCUUUUGAAAUUUGAGGAAGAGUUAUAUUCUGAUAAGCUUCAAAAGAAACGUAAAAUAAAAAAUGAUAGACAAUUAAUGCAAGAUAAAAGUGAUAAACCUAUUGAAGAAGAAUUAGAAAAUAUUAACGAUGAAACUAAUAGUAACGAAAAUGUAAAAAGAGAUGAAAAUGAAAUUGUAACAAAAAAAAGGAAAAUAAAACAUAAAUUAGAUUUCACUGAUAACUUAGAUAUUUUAAACAAGUCGCAUACAUCAGAUGAAAACGAUCUUAGUGUGAAAAAAAACAAAUGUAAAACAAAAGAAAAAAACGAGAAUACUUGUGAAACUAAUAUAAAAUAUAGUAGGCACAAAUUAAAGAAGGAUCCUUUAUUAUUAAUCGAGAAUACGAAUGAAAAUAAAAAAGUAAAAUUAAAAAGAAACAAAAUUACAACUGUGAAAAAAUUAAACAUUAUUAUACAAGGUAAAAAGAAAAAGCCAACAAACUUGAAAGUUACUGGAAAAUGGGAUGUUUCUGAUAAUAUAAAUCUAUUUACUCCUAUGAAUGGUAACAACACGAAAUCUUGUAUGAAAAUGAUUGAAAACUCAGUUUCAAAUAACCAUGAGCAAAAAAAUAAUAUAUUUAAUAAACAACAAAACUGGCUGAUACCUAUAUUAACAAAAUUAAAGAAUGAAAAACACAGAACAUCAAUAAAUUUAAAAGGACAGCAUAAAAUAAAUACUACUACAAAUUCUAAAAAACGAGUGAAAAUUGCUCUUCAAUGUAAUACAGCACAACACACAUCUGAAUAUAUUUCACAAAUUCGAAAAAGUCCAGCUAUACCUUUUGAUGCAAAUAAAAAACCAUUAGCAGGUGUAUUAAAAGCAAGUCCUAUACCAAGCCCAAUUAAUCCGUUUUAUAAAAGAAAUAUUAUAUAA